CUCUUUGGGCCCUUAGGCCCAAAGGUUAAAGGCGAAACAACAGGCAACCUAGUUCUUCAUACAAGUAUCAGCAACGUCGUAUCAGUCUAAAAUAGGACGUGUAGUUUACGCCGUACCGGCUCCGAGCAAUCUCCGCCGCGUCAGCUCCGUGCAUCCUCUUUAUCACACGCGAGAUUGAUGCCAGCUAAUGGUGAGCACGGUGAAUCAACAACGAACUCGUCAUACAAUUUGCAAAACUCACUUCGGCUCUCUAUCGCGUCGAAACAUAAGUGCAAAGUUAAAGCGAAAAUGAAAAGAGACGAAUCAGUUGGUAGAAAAAAAAGAACUCACCAGAAUGAAGUACCAACGUGAGUCAGGGUAAGCCGAAUCAAAAAUAACGAUGGAAGAGUGAAGAUUGAUAGAUUCUCCAUUCUGAGAUGCGGUGGAGUAUGCUGAAUCUAUGAGGAGAGAGGCCAAGAAUUUGCAGAGUGCAGAGAUGAAGUUUCCCAGUGAAAGCAAAAUAUGGCCAGAGCAGUUAUUCUCUCCUUCAUUAUGCUGAAGUCUGGUUCUUAUAUGACUUCAAUACAUUUAUCAAAUGUAAAUCAAAUGUGGUUGAAAUUCAAGGUUAAAUGGCUAGUGAUCAAGAAAACUCACAAGAUGCAAAUGCUCCUGAUGAUACUUCAGAAAAAGAAAUUACACGAGGCAUCACUAUUAUGAAGAGUAUCAUUCGUGAUAGAGAUAAAGCAGUAACAUAUAAUGUAAAUUGGAAUGCUGAUAACCAACUAAUUGGGUCUAAUGCUGCAAAGUUGGCAAGCUACAUUGGUACACUUGUUCGUAUGCACAUUCCAAUCACUGCUACAAGAUGGAGUAAUAAAGAGUUGGGUAGCGCUAAAGAUAAGAUUUGGACUGAGAUACUGAGGUCUUUUAACAUUGAAGAUACAACUAUCCGAAAAAAGUAUAUACUUCAAUUGGCCGGAAAAAGACACAGAGGGUGGAGAACGUUUUUAACAAACAAGUAUCUUAAGGACAAAGAAAUUUUUUUUGUUGAAUAUGAUCCGGAAUAUCCAGUGAAGUAUGCGAUCUUCAUUACAGAAGAAGAAUGGGUUGCUUUUGUAGCCCAAAGAAGAGACGAAAAUUUCAAGAAAGUGAGUGCCACAAAUCGCGAGAGAGCGUCAAAUCCCACGUAUGCAUACAAAAAAGGGCGUUUGGGAUAUGCACGCUUAGAGGAAAAAAUUUUAGACGAGACGAAAAGUGACGCAACAUCACUUCCGCCACAUGUUUUGUGGAAAGAAGCUCGUGUGGGAAAGGAUGGAACUGUUAGGGAUGACGUUCAACAUAUUUAUGAUGAAUGUGAGACCCUAUCUCAAUCGAUAAGCACAGCUGAGGACCAGGAGAACAGGAGCGUACUUAGUAGAGCACUAAAUGUUCUUGAGUAUCCCGGUCGGGUGAGGGGUAAAGGGCAUGGUUGUACUCCAACUUCCUUGUAUAAGAAUCCAAGGAGAAGAAAUCCUAGCAAUCAAGAAGUGAUGGAGACGUUGCAGGCAUUACAAGCGCAAGUUCUUCAAUUGCAAAAGGAUAACGAGAGAUAUAGGUGUAUGGAAAAGUGCAGUUCACAGUUGAAAGAAACUAGUGAGAAAGCCAGUAUCGAUUGUCAAAAUAAAUUUCCCGAGGGCAUUUCAUCUUGUCAGCUAUACUUAUCGUCACCGACUUAUCGCCUAGUUGGCAAGGGAAAAGUGCACAACACUUCGGGAGAUUUACUUCACCAUAGACCGCUCCUGGAUGGACACCUUAAAGUAUCGGUUGAUGUUGUAUUAGAUAAGGAUGCGUUGCUACCGAUACCUGACAUUGUUUCAGAGACAACAUUGCUGCGAGAUGCAAUAGGAUCAUUUGUUGCAUGGCCCUUGGAUCUCAUUUUCAUUGAUGAUGAGACGCCUACAAAACCCGCAUCUAAGGAUAAAGGGAUUUUGCGGCACAACGAGUCUGUUGCAUCACAAAAAGAGGUAUUUGCUCAAGGGUCACAACAACUGAGCCAGAAAAUUGGUAGUCGACAGAAAAACAAAAGGGAUCUUCCAGUGACUUCUUUGCCAAAAAAAGGUGCUUUUGUGCCUCGAUACCAGAUAUCUCUUGAAACACUUGUUGACUCAUCAGAUAUGGCAACAGCUGGUGCUAUUCGCUUACUGGAUAUGGAGGAAGAUAUCUUUGGUUAUUCAUGCACUGAAACAAUCGGAAAAGAAGAUCUGGAACAUAUUUUUCGGCAUCAAGAAUUAGGCGUCGGUGUUAUACACACAUACAUCCGGUUCUUGUAUGACAAUUUCAUGCGCGGGAAUGAUCAAUUGUCAAACAGAUUCCGUUUCGUGUCUUCCUCCCUGGUCAACAAAGCAUUAAUUUGUAGGGAACCGGAUUCAUGUAGAGAGUACUUAGUCAAGAGAUUCAUGGCCAGCAGUACAAACAACUUGUAUCUUUGGCCGUAUAAUUCAGGGUUAGAUUUUAAUUCUAAGUUUAUUCUAAUCUUUAAUUGUUUCUUUUACGUAAAAAAUUUCCAUAUAAACUUUUGUUUUAAUUUAUAG